GCAUGGAAUUUUUAUUUUGAAGAUCCAUCCGACAUCAUUUUUUAUGCGUGACUGAUUUGAAUUCUCUUAUUUUUUUCGCUUUUAUUGUCAUCGGUCAUUUUUUUGGUGAAUUCGAUACUAUCAUGGAAAUCGAUUUUGGGAAAAAAUCCGGUAAAAAGAAACAUUCUCAUAAUGAUUCAGUAAUGGAUGAUACUGCGGACUUUUCCCUGCAACCAGAAUCAAAACCACCAAAAAUUUUAUCUGAAAAAUGGCCAUUAUUGUUGAAGAAUUUGGAUCGUAUGAAUGUACGAGCUCAUCACUUUACUCCAUUACCAUUCGGUUGUUCACCAAAUAAAAGAACAAUUAAAGAAUAUCUUAAAUCGGGUUUUAUUAAUCUGGAUAAACCAUCCAAUCCUUCAUCUCAUGAAGUUGUAGCUUGGAUUAAGCGUAUAUUACGUGUAGAGAAAACUGGUCACAGUGGUACACUUGAUCCAAAAGUAUCUGGCUGUUUGAUUGUUUGUAUUGAUCGUGCCACGCGGCUUGUUAAAAGUCAACAGAAUGCCGGCAAAGAAUAUGUAGCUGUUUUACGAUUGCAUUCCGAAGUUCCGGGCGGCAGAGCUACUGUGGCCAAAGCUGUUCAACAAUUAACUGGCGCUCUUUUCCAACGACCACCACUGAUUUCAGCAGUUAAACGUCAACUUCGUAUUCGUAAUAUCUAUGAAAGUAAAUUACUCGAAUUCAAUGAGAAAGCAAAUCUAGGCAUUCUUUGGCUAAAUUGUGAAGCCGGGACUUAUGUCCGAACAUUAUGUGUUCAUUUGGGAUUGUUGUUGGGAGUAUCUGGUCAAAUGCAAGAGCUUCGUCGUGUUAGAUCUGGCAUCCAAAGUGAAUCCGAAGGCAUGGUUACAAUGCAUGACUUGGUCGAUGCUAUGUAUCAAUUUGAUCACCAUAAAGAUGAAUCUUUGUUACGAUUAGUUGUCAAACCAUUGGAAGCAUUAUUAGUAGGUCAUAAACGAAUUAUAAUCAAAGAUACGGCUGUAAAUGCCGUAUGUUAUGGUGCUAAAAUCAUGUUACCUGGUGUUCUUCGAUACGAUGAUGAUAUUGAAAUGAAUGAAGAAAUUGUUAUCGUCACCACUAAAGGCGAAGCCGUUUGUUUAGCAAUUGCAUUGAUGACAACUUCAACAAUUAUGUGCUGUGAUCAUGGUGUUGUUGCCAAAAUCAAACGUGUUGUUAUGGAACGUGAUACAUAUCCACGUAAAUGGGGAUUAGGACCAGUUGCAUCAUUCAAGAAAAAAUUAAUCAAAGAUGGAAUGUUAGAUAAAAAGGGCCAACCAAAUGAUCAAACACCAAAAGAAUGGUAUGAAAAGAUUGGUAAAUUGCCAAUGAAAAUCCAACCACAAGAUGAGGAUAUGAAUAAAUCAAAAGCACAAGAAAUCAAACAAGAUUUCCUUCACCAAGCUGACGGUGGCGAUGAUGAUGAUGGUGAUGGACAAGAAGCGGUAUCCGAUGUUAAAGAGAAAAAGAAGAAAAAGAAAAAGAAACAUCAAACCGAGCCUAUGGACGAUUGAAAAUUUUUUUUUAUAAUCAACUAAAUUUCAUUCAUGUUUCCAACAACAAAAAUCAUGUAAACAUUUUUUUAUCACCUCAUUACUUUGUUUUAAUAAACCGAAAAUUUGAUGAACUUUCAUUUAA